AUGGCCACCACCGCCCCGCUCAGCGCCAAAAGCAAACUCGCUGGCAGCUCCCUGAAGAUUACCCCCUCCAACUCCCCCGUCUUGCGCCCAGGCACUCGCUCUGCUAGCAGGGCCUCACACCAGUCGGCCCUCUCGCUGCAGACCGUCAUCGGAACCACCACUACAACCCCCAAUGGCUUCUCUAGUCAUGAUCAAAGCAAGAGUUUUGCUUUGUGCGCCGGCUCCGCGGCCGUCCUCGCCGAGCUCGAUGACGAAGGCAACCUGAGCCAGCGGUUCUUCCGAGCUCGACCCUCGGCCACCAGUGUGAAUCCGACCUCCUCCUUCUACAAUCAGUCCACUCCCCCGGCUACUCCAGACCCGAAAUCGCGUUCCCUAUCACAUAUCCGCUCCAACCCACAUCUCAACGUCCCCAUUGGCUCACCGUCCAGCGAAGCUGGCGAUUGUGGUAGCCCGCGCGCCUGGUCGUCAAGAGAAAGAGUGAAAGCAGUUACCAGCGUUUCAAUCAGCCCCAACGGAAGAUUCCUGGCGGUAGGAGAGACCGGUUACAAUCCCCGAGUAUUGAUCUUUUCGACCGCUCGCGAUGCUCUACCCGAUGUCCCUCUGUCCAUUCUCUCCGACCACACCUUCGGCAUACAAAGUCUCGCAUUUAGUCCCGACUCGCAGUAUUUGGCCACACUGGGAAACGUGAACGAUGGUUUCCUGUUUAUCUGGUCAAUCAAUUUCAAGAAUGGUUCGGCCAAGCUACAUUCCGUGAAUAAAUGCACAUCUUUCGUCCGUGAUAUGUGCUGGGUCGGCCAAUCCUUGGUAACUACCGGAGUGCGACAUGUUAAAGUUUGGAGACUUCCUCCCUCCCGACCAGUUUCGCCUACGAAGACACGCUUGAAUAUAGAUGGCGCAGCUCUAUCUCCGAACCCGGCGCCAAAGGCCCUUUCUGGAAGGAAUUGCAUAUUAGGUCAAUUCAGCGACAGCACUUUCAGUUGCGCCAGAAGUAUCUCGGACCAGGAGGGUGUGGUUGGCUCGGAAUCCGGCGCUGUAUGCUUCCUCGAUGACCGUGAAGGAUCUCAAAAACUACAGUUCGUCACGCAGGUUGGAUUUUCUAUAACCUCUUUGACCGUUGACUUCGAUCGCGAGUCGAUCUGGUUGGGAGGUCGUGGAAGGAAAAUGCAGCGACUGUCAUUCGACACUCUGCGGUCCUCAACUUCCUCUAUUCCUAUGUCGCCAGCGCGACGGGACAAGAUCAUGGUGGAUAAGAAGAACAAAAUACCCGCAAUCACAUGCAUGGGUUCCCUCUCCUCGCAUUUGGUCACUGUGGAGGCUAGUCGCGAAAUCCACAUCUACCCAACCGAGGGCUUAUGCGACGAAGGCGAGCAAGAGCAUGGUGACACCUCGAUGCCAGCCCACCGAGACCCGGUUCUCGGUAUUCGUCGCCUCGAUGCACCCAAUUUCCCCGCCAGCUUUUUCACUUGGUCUCGCAACGGUUCGGUUAUUUUCUGGGAUUCUUUGGGCAGAUGCCUGGAUUUCAAAACAGUUGUCCUCGAGCAGAAUUGCGAAGCGGAAGACGUGGCGAAUGAACUCAAGGUGUUAAGAGCCCCUUUAGAUGCAGAGUUUUUCGUUUCUGGUGAUAAAUAUGGAGUUCUUAGAGUUCAUUCCCGUGAGCCAUGGGAGUGCGUUAAUGAUGUCCGUGCCCACGGAGCAGAGAUCACGGACAUUGCUGUCCAUUCGACAGACGACCUGUGUUUGAUCGCAAGUGCUGGUCGAGACCGGAUGGUGCAGCUCUUCCAAAAAUCCGAGUCGAGUGUGGAUCUAAUCCAAACCAUGGACGAUCAUGUUGGGGCUGUUAAUCAGCUCAUGUUCAUGAAUGAUGGCGAAAGACUGCUCUCGAGCUCCGCAGACCGCACCAUUCUUGUACGAGAUCGUGCUACUCGUGAUGAAGACGGUGCCACAUCUGUUGCGUAUCUCAUCACAAGAGUCAUCACUCUGAAAGCCUCUCCGAUUUCCAUGACAGUCUGCCCCGAUGACCCGAAAAUGCUUUAUGUAUCCACGAUGGAUCGUUGCAUCUCGAAAUUCGAUAUUCCUUCAGGACGGCAAAUUCAUUGCUUCAAGGCAUCCGACUCGGAAGCCACCGACGCGGUCAUAAUGGGCGCUUUGACAGUGACAUCGGAAAUUCCAGGACAAUGCCCGAAACUUUUGCUUGGAGUCUCUGGUACCGACAAGUCUAUCCGGGUAUACGACCUAGAACGAGAUCAGCUACUCACCGGGGAAUUUGGUCACACGGAGGGUGUUAGUGACGCGAUGCUUUUGGAGGAACCUGAUCCCAAUGAUAGAUCGAUCAUCAAACGAAACCUGGUUUCAGCUGGUAUCGAUGGUAUAUUGAUGAUCUGGAACCUAUCUGUCCAGCCACAGCCGCCCCCGGAAGGCCGUGACGAGGAUGGCCCCACGAAAGAGGCGACAGCGGCCAAACCACCACUUCGGAAGGUCCUCUCACGCAGCGAGCUGGCUGGCUUCCAACGACCCGACAAUCCAAGCCCCCUGGGAACUCCUACCCCCACGCGCGAACUAUCUCCCACUUUGACUCGCAAAAUGUCCAAACUAUCUCUCACACCUUCCAAUCUGAAGAACCACUCGCUUGCCGAAACCCCAUCUCCCCCGAAUCGUCGUUCGCCAACCGUUUUCACACCAACUGAAUCAAGCCGCCGAUCACCGUCCCCCCGACGAAUCUCAUCUGAUUUCCGAUCCCGCACCAAAAAUUCCCACCGGAGCGAAUUCGGCAGUCUGGAAAUGUCCACUGAACAAGUGUGUCGCACGCUACGGGCCUACCGAAAGAAGCUCAACGGCUCGGGUCAACAAGUCCUCGCGCAGAAGGAGCUGGAGCGAGAAUUGACCUUGACGCUUCGUGCUGUCAAUGCGCGGUCCAUGAACAGUGAUGAGAGCGCGGAAACGGAGACAGAUAGUAGUGGCAAGGAUCUUGACCGCAAACCUAGCUAUUCAUCUAUCUCUUCACGCUCGCCACAUUAUCCACGACAUGCUCCAUCAACUCCUCUUCUGCGCCAGAAAAAUCUGCGGCAGGUGUCGAGGAGUCGCUCAUAUGAUGCAAAUGGAGAUGAAUGA